AUGGCGCCCUUUGAACCCAAAUACACCAAUGAGGUUCAGCAGAUGAUGUUCGUCGCUGGUGAGACGCAGGAUAUCGCCAACGAAACCGCCGCUCUCGUCGAGCAGAUCGUUCGCGAGCAGAUCAUCCAUAUCCUGACCAAGGCCAAAGAGCUCUCCGCCCGACGCGGUGAGAAGUUCAUCGCAAUCAAGGACAUCCUCUUCCAAGUCCGCCACGACACCGCCCGAAUGACUCGUCUCCAGAACGUCAUCCGCUGGAAGAAACUCCGCGGCGAAGCCAGAAAGACAACAAACGAAAAGGACAAGCCCGAGAACGACGCCGAAGAUAGUUUCUCCGACACCGACAACGCCGCUGAAGACACCACCAAGAAGACCACCGAGCCCUCCGCUGCCCUCAUGCCCUGGGACGAAGAACUCAUGUUCCCCGUGCGCCCUGCCGGCGGUGACGCUGAUGCUGUUCAGAUCAGUUCUCAAUCCCGCGAGCGCCUCAUCUGGGCCGACGAAGUCACUGCCAAGAUGUCAGGCGAAGAGUACACCAAAUGGUGCUCCUACCGCAAGGCCUCCUUCCACCGCGCCAAGGAGGGCAGAUUCCGCGAGUGGGCUUGCAUCGGCGUGGUCGCUGACCUGCGAAAGAAAGACGACGCCAUUGAGAUUCUGGGCUCUAUCGCCGUGGAAAUGGUUAAGCGCCUUACCGACAUGGCGUUGUCGAUCCAGGCGCAGGAGAUCACUACUCAGGGCGGGAAGGAGAAUGAGGCAGCGGCUGCAGCCCUUCAGGCUAGAAGACAGGGGCUGUUCCUGAUGUCUAACCCGCAGCGACCGGCUAUUGAUGCUGGGGAUAUUCGGAAGGCGUUUGAGAUGACGCAGGCGCAGCCGAAGCGACGGGGAUAUCAGCUCAACCGGAUGGUUGGGGCGAAGUCUCUGCAGUUGAUCUGA